UCAGAAGAUGCCCCAGAAUGAGGUGAGCUCCCCCAGCUCGUAGGGCCGGAACUCCUUCUCCUCGUCCGCACCCACAUACGUCUCCUCCUCUUCCAUCGGCUCAACACCGGGGGGCAGACCUGCAGGCACCAGAUACAUCCAUCCCAUCAAGCAAUGCUUCCUCAUUAUAUGCAGGGGUGCUGUUGUGUUAAUUGUUGCACUGCACACCUGGAGGGGCAGCGGGAGGGGCCGUGUCACCGCCCUCCGUUGCAGUGGGUGGCUGCCCGGCUGCUGCAGCAGCGGCUGCUGCAGCAGCGGCUGCUGCAGCAGCGGCUGCUGCUGGGGGCUGCUGGGCUUGCUGCUCACCGCCUUGCAGUAGGGGCUUGUUCUCUUCGGGGGCCGACAU